AUGUUGACAUGUAACCAUCCAGUUCCUCCGGAUCGGUACAACGAUAGGGUGGAGGAUCAUUUGCGAAUUACCGGGUUCUAUCAUGUGUCUCAGAUUGGGAUAGUGCAGUGUCAGAAAGCAUUGGUAAAUGCUCUAAUCGAACGUUGGCACCCAGACACACAUACGUUUCACCUUCCCAUUGGUGAAUGUGCUGUGACACUUGAAGAUGUAGCUUUAAUUCUUGGUCUUCCCACAGAUGGUCUUCCAGUAACAGGAAUGACUAUGAGUAGUUUUGAAGCCUUGGAGGCAGAGUGUUUGCUUCAGUUUGGCGUUGCACCGCGAAGGGAGGACUGUAGAUCUAGCUGCAUAAAACUGACGUGGCUGAGGAAUCUAAAAGAGAAUAUAGAAUUGACUGAUGAAAUAAAUAUACAGAGGUAUGUUAGGUGCCAUAUUAUGUUGCUGAUCGGAACGAUCCUGCUUGGGGAUAAGUCAGGAGCAGGUGUUCAUUGGAAAUUUCUACCCUUGUUACGUGACUUUGUCAAUAUUGGACAGUAUAGUUGGGGCUCGGCAUGCCUAGCACACCUUUAUAGGGCGUUAUGCAGGGCAUCUCGUUAUAACUCUUCAGUUGAGCUAAUUGAGAACAUCAUAUUAGGUGGCGUAACUGGGAGCUUUGUCUGGGUUGCUUAUGCUGUGGAUCGUGUGGACCCAAACAUAAUUCCUACUGAAAUCUACAUGCAAUCGGUUGUCUGGAGCGCUACAGUUCCAUUAGUGUCAUUUGAAUGUAUCGAGUGGCAUGCCACCGAUAGGGUCAGGCGACAGUUCGGUUUCAUUCAGGGAGUACCUAAUCCAGAGCAGAAUUUGGCUAAGGCGCAUGGAGAGGUUCUGACUGGUCCUAAGAAUCUUAACUGGGCCACGGCACCGAGUCAUUCAAAAUGGGUGAUGCAUUGGACAAAUAGGUAUCACUACGUUCUUGAUGAGCUUCCCAUGCCUUCACAGCAUCCUUUGGAUAGUUACAUGAACUGGUACCGUACAAAAUAUGGAAACCGCUUAUCCUUGUCGAAUGUUGUGGGUGAGGAGAAUGAUGAAGGUAACCAGGACAUGGAUGCGGGUAAUGAUGAUAUGGAAGGGGGUAAUCAGGAUUCAAAUGAGGGUAGUCAGGAUAUGGAUGAGGACAAUGAAGAUCAGGAGCCACAAAUAUCACUUCCAAAUCCGCCUCAACAAGAACAACCUUAG